CGCGGGGGCUGCUGGGAACGGAAGUGUCCCCGGUCACCUUAACCCCGCUGCCGGUGGCGUUCCUGCAACCCCUAACAGUCCGUGGCCGCGAGCUUUCGGCGGAGAUGUGGUUCGAAAUUCUUCCGGGCCUGGCCGUAAUGGGCGUGUGUCUGACGAUCCCGGGAGUGAGCACCACGAUCAUCCAAAAGUACAGCAAUGGGGGCAAGGAAAAGAGAAUUGCCCGUAAUCGAUACCAGUGGAAUCUACUGGAAAGGGACAGGCGGAUCUCUGGAUUCAAUCGUUAUUAUGAGGCCAAGGGGUUGGAGAAUAUAAAUGAGGACGCGUGAGCAGAUGCAUGAUGCCCAUCUUCAUGAUUGCAGAACACUUAUACAAUAUGUUGUCUGGUGCCCAUUAAAGACAAAACAACUACCCAGA